GGCGGUGCGCUGCUCAUGCCUAACUGCCUUCUCCUCAGUGUCUCCGUCUUCGAUCGGCCGGGGUGGAUGUGCUCGGCGCUCGGCUUGCCUCCCUGGCUCCCCGCUCUCCCGUCUAGGCUUCACUUGCUCGGUUUUCGGCCGGUGACAGCGGCUCCGGGAAGGAAGAUGGCGGCCGAGGGCAUGAUCCUCACUAACCACGACCACCAAAUUCGCGUCGGUGUGCUUACAGUGAGUGAUAGUUGCUUCAGGAACCUGGCAGAAGACCGCAGUGGUAUAAACCUUAAGGACUUAGUACAAGAUCCUUCAUUAUUGGGUGGGACAAUAUCUGCAUAUAAGAUUGUGCCAGACGAAAUAGAUGACAUUAAGGAAUCUUUGAUAGACUGGUGUGAUGAAAAAGAACUUAACUUGAUCCUAACAACAGGAGGAACUGGUUUUGCCCCUAGAGAUGUUACACCAGAGGCAACUAAAGAAGUUAUAGAAAGAGAAGCACCAGGAAUGGCUUUAGCAAUGUUAAUGGGAUCUCUCAACGUCACUCCCUUGGGAAUGCUGUCUAGACCUGUAUGUGGCAUCCGAGGGAAAACGCUUAUUAUCAACUUACCAGGUAGCAAGAAAGGAUCACAGGAAUGUUUCCAAUUUAUACUGCCAGCCCUACCUCAUGCCAUAGACCUUUUGAGGGACGCUAUUGUAAAAGUUAAAGAAGUUCACGAUGAGUUGGAAGACCUGCCAUCACCACCACCACCUCUCUCUCCUCCACCUACCACGAGCCCUCAUAAGCAGACAGAAGACAAAGGAGUGCAAUGUGAAGAGGAGGAAGAGGAGAAAAAGGACAGUGGAGUCGCCUCAACAGAAGACAGUUCUUCUUCGCACAUCACCGCAGCCACCAUCGCAGCAAAGACGCACCCAUUCUACACCAGCUCUGUAGCAGUCAUGGCUAAAGAUAACCAGUUCAUCAGUUGUUCUCAUCACACUUCAUCAAGGACAGCUGAAGCGAUUCCAGAUUCCAUAAUUUCUCGUGGAGUACAGGUACUUCCACGGGAUACUGCAUCCCUCAGUACGACUCCUUCUGAAUCACCGCGAGCACAGGCUACAUCCAGACUCUCCACCGCUUCCUGUCCAACGCCAAAACAAAUUAGACGGCCGGAUGAAAACAAAGUCGUAACUAAUAGAGUUGGAUCGUUCAAACUUCAUCGAAAACUGGAGAAUCUCAGAGAUCACCUUCAAGACAAUGACAAAGGAUACUCUCUCCGAGUAAAUGCUCGGCUUCCUUCCUGCUCAUCCACCUAUAGUGUUUCAGAGGACAUAUGGAUUGCUGCCCCCUCCUUUUCUCAGGUCCAGUCCAGAUGUAGCAGCAAGGAGAACAUUCUUAGAGCUAGUCACAGUGCUGUUGAUAUCACCAAGGUAGCAAGAAGACACCGGAUGUCUCCAUUUCCACUAACAUCUAUGGACAAAGCCUUCAUCACAGUUUUGGAGAUGACUCCUGUCCUUGGGACUGAAAUAAUAAAUUACAGGGACGGAAUGGGCCGGGUCCUUGCCCAAGAGGUAUACGCAAAGGACAAUUUGCCACCGUUCCCUGCAUCUGUCAAGGACGGAUAUGCAGUAAGAGCUGCAGACGGCCCCGGAGAUCGUUUCAUUAUUGGCGAAUCUCAAGCUGGUGAACAGCCGACUCAGACUGUGAUGCCUGGGCAGGUGAUGAGGGUAACAACAGGUGCUCCAAUACCAUGUGGUGCUGAUGCAGUGGUACAGGUAGAAGACACAGAACUCAUAAGGGAAUCAGAUGAUGGAACUGAGGAGUUAGAAGUUCGUAUAUUGGUGCAAGCUCGUCCAGGUCAAGAUAUCCGACCUAUUGGACAUGACAUAAAAAGAGGGGAGUGUGUACUGGCCAAGGGCACCCACAUGGGACCUUCAGAAAUUGGCCUUCUAGCAACUGUUGGGGUUACGGAAGUGGAAGUGAACAAAUUUCCAGUGGUUGCAGUAAUGUCAACAGGAAAUGAGCUCUUGAAUCCUGAAGAUGACCUUAUGCCAGGGAAAAUACGUGAUAGCAAUCGAUCCACCUUAUUAGCAACAAUUCAGGAACAUGGCUACCCAACCAUUAAUUUGGGCAUUGUGGGAGAUAACCCAGAUGACCUAUUAAAUGCCUUAAAUGAAGGUAUUAGUCGUGCAGAUGUUAUCAUCACAUCAGGGGGGGUGUCCAUGGGGGAGAAGGAUUACCUUAAGCAGGUGCUGGAUAUAGACCUCCAUGCACAAAUUCACUUUGGUCGAGUAUUUAUGAAGCCAGGCCUGCCAACAACCUUCGCAACUUUGGACAUUGAUGGAGUAAGAAAAAUUAUAUUUGCACUUCCAGGCAACCCUGUGUCAGCAGUUGUUACCUGUAAUCUUUUUGUUGUACCAGCGCUAAGAAAGAUGCAGGGAAUCCUGGAUCCAAGACCUACUAUCAUCAAAGCCAGGUUAUCAUGUGACGUGAAACUAGAUCCACGCCCAGAAUACCAUCGCUGCAUAUUGACUUGGCAUCACCAAGAGCCACUGCCUUGGGCACAGAGUACAGGUAAUCAGAUGAGUAGUCGCCUGAUGAGUAUGCGCAGUGCCAAUGGACUGUUGAUGCUACCUCCAAAGACAGAGCAGUAUGUGGAGCUUCACAAGGGAGAAGUAGUGGAUGUCAUGGUCAUUGGAAGACUAUGAUGACACCUUAAAGAAAGGAGCUUUGAUGCAUGUCCACAUAUCAUUGACUGUAUCCUGUAAUAUGCAACGGCACAGCUAGUUUUUAUGAUUUGGAUAAAGUUGAUCAGUGUAGUCAACAUCUUGAACAAAAUUUCGAAAAAUUUACUUUGACGAAAAAAACUGAAAAAAAAAAUAUUUUCCAAAAAAAAAGAAUAAAAAAACUCUUAUAAACCUUAUUCUGAUUAUAUCAAGGCAACUUUUCCUUCAUUGCAAUUGCUUUGUGUGUUAAAAUGCUAGGUCUAAUAGCAGUAGCUUUUAGUAGACAGCAGUAGAUGCCUGCACCAGUUGUGUUUUUCUCAUCCUUAAACUACAAAUACUUAAAGCUCUUAAACAAGGCUGUCUGCUUACUUUAUACUAGCUUAGAUGACACUGCUACUUCCCUCAGUAUGCUUCAUAACCGCUUCACAAGAGAGCUCUGCUUGUUCUUUAUCUUGUAUCUGGUGUUGAUGUGCACAGUGCCAAAAGUAAAGUGGUUGCUCCUGGAUCAAGACUCUUAACUUGUUACAGAGAAGGAGACUCAUCCUGGCAAUCCCAUCCGCUCAGUACUAUUGGGCAGUAACUGAAUACCUUUUAUUUAAACAACAAAAAUUGCUUCCUUAAGUGCUGACAGCCUUUUUAACCAAUACAUUUAAAAAAAAAUGUACAGAAAAAAAUAAAUCAAAAACUGAUCUUGUACAGAUUACAGUGUACCAGCAUUCAUGUGGAAUUUAAAAAAAGCAAAGAAAAUAUUGAAGAACUCUGUACCAUAACAUUUUCUGUAAUGAUAUUGAAACAAGAUUAAUUAAAUCCUUGAUCAUUAUUUAAAAAAAAUA